AUGUUGAUUGAAGCUCACAAGAUCGUUGGCAACAAAUGGACAGAAAUAGCUGAGAGACUUCCUGGACGAAGCGAAAACACAAUUAAAAAUCACUGGAACGCCACAAAACGUCGAGUAGAAUCGAUGAAAACUAAGCAAAGUGAUGAAAAUGGUCAUUUGCUCCACAACAACACUCUCGAAAAUUAUAUAAGGGUGAAAACCGAUGCCCCUUUGGAUGAUGAAUCUACAACAUCAGUUUAUGUACCGGUUCCAGCAUCAACUACUUGUGAGGAUGAUUUCGAAGAGCUUUUGGACCAAUUGAUGACAAAUCUAUAA